AAAAAGCGAGUGAUGUAAUAGCCCCACCCACUUUCCAGCUUAUGAGGGAGCCUUCACUUGACGAACAGCUCUGCUUGACCAAUCAGCUUGCAGCGAACGACAGGCAGAAUUAGCCUGUCCCUGGGGAGACUGUGGAGGGAGGGAGUAUCACAGACAGCUGGAUGGAUACGCGCUUCUCCGGUUCUCAGUCCGCGGUGCGCUCAGCAUCUUUUCCAAUACAACCGUAUGGAGACAGACUCCACAUCUCUCACAUGCUCAAAUAAAGCUAUAAUUCAUUUGGAUCUAGAUCUCUAUAAUAACUCUGCAAGUCUGGAGUCCAAUCCCGCGGUUGAGAGGAAAGGAAUAUAUUAUGUGCUUCAAACAAGGAAUCUCAUUCUCUCCGAUGGGAAGUGACGAGUGUGACUGAUUGAACAUAAUAACGAUGGCAGACAAGUGGUCUGUCCCCCACAGGAACCUGAGCUCACCCUGCAAAUUUCCACUUUCCCUGCUUCCAUUCCCCUAAGGAUACGCUGACCUUCACAUAUGCAGCCUGCAUGACAACCCAAAACAGGGUAAAUUGAAAGGUUGCUACUCUCCGCCAAGGACGACAACAGGCGAACUUGCUGCUUUGGGGGACUUGCCAUCAGCAGAAAUACACUCUGUUGUCAUAACAAAUGAUUGUGUGUUUGUGAAUUUUACGCCUUUAACACCAGACCCCAUAAGGACCAAUUACAAGCUGAAGAGAGUAGGACCAAGAUGAAAGAUUUGCUGUUUGCAGUUUGUUUGCUGGCGCUGACUAACUCAGUUCAGGCCUCUGAGUGGAGGGUUGUGUGCCUCAAGCUGUGCAAAUGUGAAGUCCGACCCUGGUUCUCUCCCUCGUCCAUGUAUAAUGAGGCUCCAACUGUGGACUGUAAUGAUCUAGGACUUCUGUCUCUGCCGGAGAGGCUGCCCUUAGACACACAAGUAAUUCUAUCGCAGGCCAACAACAUCGCAAAUAUUGACAGUCCUUUGGACUAUCUGGUAAACCUAACAGAGGUAGACCUAGCUCGAAACAACAUAUCCUCAUUGAGUGAUGUCUCUCUAGGUCACCUUCCACAACUUCUGUCUUUGCAUCUAGAGGAGAACUGGCUAAGCAGCCUUCAUGAUAACUGCCUUGCACAUUUUCCAAACUUACAGGAGCUUUAUGUUAACCAUAACCUUCUCUCCUCGAUCAGUGCAGAGGCUUUUCAAGGGCUUAACAAGCUCUUGAGGCUCCAUCUUAAUGCAAACCAGCUGAGGGCCAUAAGAACAGAGUGGUUCCGGGACCUUUUCCAGCUAGAAAUCUUGAUGGUAGGAGAGAAUCCAAUUGCCAGAAUACAGGACAUGAAUUUCAAGCCCCUUAUCAAUCUCCGCAGUCUUGUGCUAACCAGAAUGAACCUAACUGAAAUCCCUGACAGUGCCCUGGUUGGACUCGAUAAGCUGGAAAGCGUGUCAUUCUAUGAUAAUAUGUUCCCCAAAGUACCUCAAGCUGCUCUCAGACAAGUGCGGAACCUCAAGUUUCUGGACCUUAACAAGAAUCCCAUAGAGAGGAUCCAAAGGGGUGACUUUGUGGACAUGAUCCAUUUGAAAGAACUUGGCAUUAACAGCAUGCCGGAGUUAGUUUCCAUCGACAGCUUUGCUGUGCACAACCUACCAGAGCUGACCAAAAUCGAAGCGACAAACAACCCCCGACUUUCCUACAUCCACCCAAAUGCAUUCUCCAAACUCCCGAGGCUUGAGUCCUUGAUGCUGAAUAGCAAUGCACUCCGGGCCCUUCAUCAUGUGACGGUGGAAUCCUUGCCUAACAUUCAGGAGGUGAGCAUGCACUCCAACCCCAUUUACUGCGACUGUGUCAUCCGCUGGAUCAAUAUGAACAAGACCAAGGUCCGCUUCAUGGAACCGGAUGCCCUCUUAUGCGCAGGGCCCUCAGAGUUUGAAGGUCGACUUGUCAAGCAUGUGCAUUUCCGUGAAAUGGCGGAUAUCUGCCUGCCACUAAUAUCUCCGGAGAGCCUUCCAGAGCAGGUCAAUGUGGGUGCCGGGAAUUCUGUGUCUCUGCACUGCAGGGCGUUUGCCGAUCCUGAACCUGAGAUCUACUGGGUCACACCUUCAGGAGAGAAGAUUUUACCUCAGAUGGUUUCCAAGAAGUAUCAUCUGCAUCCUGAAGGAUCGUUUGAUGUUUAUGGCAUCACAGAGAACGAGGCUGGGCAGUACACCUGCGUGGCCCACAAUCUCAUAGGUGCGGACAUGAGAUCUGUCUCGGUCGUAGUAAAUGGGUACUACCCACUGCCGGCAAAUGAAUCCCUGCACAUCCAAGUCAAAGGGAAUGAGCCACAUUCGGUGAGGAUUUAUUGGGUGCCACCCAAGGGCAGUCUUGUGUCACAUAUUAAGUGGUCAACCACAUCCCAGCAGCAUUCCUUGCAGUUCACUGCCCAUGUGUUGUCAGAUGUAAAAACGUUCAACCUCACACACUUGCAGCCACUGACGCAGUACAAGGUCUGUGUGGAAAUUACAGACCUGCAAAGUAGACAUUUGAAAAACUGUGUGAAUGUAAGUACAGCUGAGGUUUCAAUUGGAAAAACUGAUGAUGGUUUCGAUGACGGAUUGAUAAUCAGCAUCACUGCGCUGCUUCUGAUUGUGUCCGCGGUGGCCUGUUCAUUCAUCAUUUACAUGUUGCGGAGGAGUGGUAACCUUUACAGGAAAUUACGGAAUCAGCAGUCUGAGAUAUUACCUUCACACAUUAAACCAAUCUGGGGGUCAAGGGCUAAAGCUAAUGAUUCAGAAACAGACUCCAAAAACUUUUGAGAGAAGAGCAAUGGUUUGGGAUGCAGUGGACACAGGACAAUGUAUCUCUAAUAUCUCUCUCAAUCUGAUACCGACUCACACCACUGGAUCAUUAUGAAAUGGAUUCUGUGUGGUUUGCGGUCCAAGACAUUUCUUGCGAAAUCUGACAUUGAUUGCCAAAAACCCACUAAUUGUUUAAAUGUCACACUUCACUGGGGAGCAUGAAGAGAAUAGUUAUUUCAUGCGGGAUCAAAGAACAGCACAUGAAAGGUUGUGCUUGACUAUUUACACAGGGCGCAAAGCCUCAGUGGCCGAGUCUUUUUAUUGUGGGCUUGUAGCAACACUACUUGUGCUGUGUCAUUGGUAAAAUAAACAAUGUCAAGUUUAUGAUGGACUACGCUUUGUAGAAUAGAUCAUAACAGGACAAAUGUAUGACACUUUGUGAUAAAAUACAUUUAUACAGAAAAUG